AUGGAGCUAUCGAAUGACAUCCUGAUUCCGUCAACAUAUCGAAUUUACGGUUUCAAUGGGACCGUGACUAUCCCAAAGGGCGAGGUAACUUUAAGAGUGUCAUAUUGGGGCGGACACCUCGAUACGCUAACCACAUUCUGCGUGGUCGAUGUCGUCUCGCCCUACGAAGCAAUCAUCAGGAUACCUUGGAUCGUCGGAAUCAAGAGGGUAGCGUCGACCUAUCAUCAAAGGCUAAGAUUCCCAACGUACAAAGGAGUAGUGGAGGUUAUUGGCGAUUCCCAAGAGGCCAGACAAUGUAUGGAAGUCGAUAUUCAACAAAACAAUAAAAGGCGAGAACGACAAAGGAGGGAAAAGAACAAAGCCAAGGAAGCCGAGGCUUCUCAAGAGCUGGAAAAGGUAAUCUCCCAGGCGGUCAUGUCAUAUGGAACCAACGAAAAGGAAUCGUUAUAG